AUGUCUCGAGAGGAAGUGAUUGAAGUUCAGUCGCAACAGACGACAUCGACAUCGACAAAUAAGGAGUCACGAGAAAAUGUACCUACCAGUGCUACUGCCCCUAAAAAGACCGCGUCUUCGACUCUCCCAAGUUUUCAGGGUCAACAAUCACAAAACGAACCUAGCUCGACUGCUGAUUCGAGCCAGGAAAUAAAAGCUAAUGUAACUAGACGUCAGUGUGAGAAUAAUGAUAAAGACAUUUCAAUUCCUGUAAAUGCUUAUCAAAGCGUGUCAGAAAAAGGUAUUACUACGACUAACAGUAUUUCUGGUGAUGAUGACAUUCCGGUGGGUGCUUCAAAAAAUAUCGUUGAUGCCAGUAAUGUUAAUAGUGAUAUUAAUGUAUAUGAUCAAGAAAAUGUGUCCUCGGUUUCUCAGAUACAGUGUAAUAACGGUAAUUCUCUAAGUAUUCCUGCUUCUUCAUCCUCCGCUUCUCUCUCUGGCUCUUCCAAUACGAACACCGCCGCGAGCAAUGCUAACAAUUCCUAUUCUAACGGUACCGGCCCAACUUAUGAUGAAGCGCCCCAUAUAUAUCAAAAUCUGAGUGCAAAUCCUCCUUUAAUAUCAGUCACACCACAGUAUUUUACUCCUGCGUUUUUUCCCAACAAUGGACAAUAUUAUUAUGAUCCACAAUACAGAUUUGGUCGUCCUCCACAAAUACCACCAUCUGCUCAACAUUUUGUCAGAUCAAAUAUUUAUCCUUAUCAUCAAAUAUCUGUUAUACCUCCUAUUCAUCCUUCUUACCACAGUCCUUCUCCUUUGAUCCCACAUCAAUCACAUCCUUCGAGAUAUCUUAAUCCACCUAGUACUGCGGGUGGUGAUUCAGGUUUCUCUUCCAGAAGAAGCUCUUUGGAUCAGGUCAGAACUCCUGAUUUGGGUCCACAACAUACCCCAAGAAUAAAUCAACAUAAGAAACCUAAACAGCUGGAUAAGGCCCUUUGGGAUUACGAAGAUGACGCGUACGCAUGA